GACGUUAACCGUUAGAUGUCAGAUUAAUCGCAAGAAAAUGGCACUACAGUGUGCAUGUACGAAAACAUUUUGACAUUGUGGUGUUGUAACGUUUCUCAAUAAUAUAUUUAUAAAAAUUUUGUGACAUACGUAAUUAUAUAAAGAUGUCAAGUAUUACGAUAUCGGCGAUAAGACCGCGAACCAGUAUCCUCGAUAAAUCCUUGAGCAAGGGUAAGGGAGAGGUUAGCCUGAGCUGUUUCGCCCUUUUAUUUUCCGAACUAGUGCAAUACUGUCAAAACAGAGUCUAUACCGUUCCAGAGCUGCAGAAUAAAUUGGCAGAGAUUGGAGCAGAAGUUGGUCACAGGAUAACAGAUUUACUCGUGGUGCGAGAGAAGGGUGGCAAACGCGAGAUAAAACUGCUUAAUGUAUUGUUAUUUGUAAAAAGUACGGUGUGGAAGUCUUUAUUCGGCCGGGAAGCUGAUAAGUUGGAGCAUGCCAACGAUGACGAACGUACUUACUACAUCAUCGAGAAGGAAUCCCUGGUAAACAAAUUUGUGUCGGUACCCAAAGAUAAGGGAAGCUUGAACUGUGCAUCCUUUGUUGCUGGUAUCGUGGAAGCUGUACUUUGCGAUUGCGGAUUUCCCGCUAAGGUAACAGCACACUGGCACAAAGGGACCACAUACAUGGUUAAGUUCGACGAUGCUGUUGUUGCACGUGACAAGCAACUGGAAGAUCGGUAAUAGGAAAAGAAUGAAAAUAUUACUUCUAUAAAGAGAAGACAUAUAUCUGUACACAGUUUAUCAAUUGUGAUAAAUCUAUAGGGUGCGUUCAGGAAGACGCUAUUAGCGCUAUCAGCGUCAAUCCUUGUUCUACUUUUAAUGAGUAAUGAAGAUAGACUGAUGCUGAUAGCACUAAUAGCGUCUUCCCGAACGCACCCAUAGUCUGCAAUUAUUGUGUUAGAUCCAUAUUUUACAUGUGUAUAUCUUUUACGUAUAUAUUUGAGACUGAUACUUCUCUUGAUCUUUCAUAGCUAUAUGUUAAUCUUUUUUUGGCUAAUUUCUUAUUUUUUCCUGAUGACAUUUAACAUUAAUAUACAUGUAUAUACAUAUAUUGUUGUAAAUUUAUUUCUAUACAAUCUAGAGUUAUGUUACAUACACCAACUUCAUGUAUUUUAUUAAAAUAAUCAUCUAACAAA